CUGUUACUUACCAACGGGGACCAACACGCAGCAGCCGCCGCCGCCUCGGGAGCCGCUGCCCGAACUCCCGGCCCGAACUCCAGUCUGGCCGGGUCCCUGCCUCUGAACCUUGAAGACUGUAGGGAAUUUCCGCUCACCUCUCCUGCCCGUGUCUGAAGCUGCCUCUUUGAGCUUGGUGGCUGCAGCCCUGCCCGCUCGCCUUCUCUCCGCCUCUCUUCAGAACUGAGCAUGCAGAGUUCAGAGGGUGGACCAGACUCGCCGGCUUCUGUGGCUCUGUGUUCGUCGGCAGCUGCACAGGCGCCCGUGGCCCAGCCAGUGCCAGCCUCCCCGCAGAGGGUGCUGGUCCAGGCAGCGGGCUCGGCUCCUAAAGGGGCCCAGAUGCAGCCAGUCUCACUCCCCAGAGUCCAGCAGGUGCCGCAGCAGGUCCAGUCCGUGCAGCACGUGUACCCUCAAGUGCAGUACGUGGAGGGUGGAGACACUGUCUACACGAAUGGAGCCUUGCGGGCGGCCUAUGCCUACAACCCUGAGCCUCCGAUGUAUGCCCCGAGCAGCGCAGCAUCUUACUUCGAGGCCCCAGGCGGUGCCCAGGUGACCGUGGCAGGCUCCUCCCCGCCCGUGGUCCCUUCCCACAGCAUGGUGGGCAUCACCAUGGAUGUUGGGGGGAGCUCCAUCGUCUCCAGUGCAGGAGCCUAUCUCAUCCACGGGGGGAUGGACAGCACCAGACACACCCUGGCCCACACUUCCCGGUCGUCGCCAGCUACGCUUGAAAUGGCGAUUGAAAACCUCCAAAAAAGCGAAGGGAUCACAUCACACAAAAGCGGUUUACUCAACAGUCAUCUCCAGUGGCUGUUAGAUAAUUACGAAACUGCCGAAGGCGUCAGUCUCCCCCGAAGUUCUCUUUACAACCAUUAUCUUCGACACUGCCAGGAACACAAGCUGGACCCUGUGAAUGCUGCCUCCUUUGGGAAACUGAUCCGCUCGGUGUUUAUGGGCCUGAGGACACGGAGGCUGGGCACCAGGGGCAACUCCAAGUAUCAUUACUAUGGGAUUCGUCUGAAGCCAGACUCACCCCUGAACCGGCUGCAGGAGGACACCCAGUACAUGGCCAUGCGGCAACAGCCUGUGCACCAGAAGCCCAGGUACCGGCCAGCCCAGAAGACAGACAGCCCUGGGGACAGUGGCUCGCACAGCAGCCUGCACAGCACACCAGAGCAGGCCAUGGCCGCCCAGAGCCAGCAGCACCAGCAGUACAUAGAUGUCUCCCACGUGUUCCCGGAGUUCCCAGCACCUGACCUGGGCAGCGUCUUGCUGCAGGAGAGUGUCACGCUACAUGACGUCAAGGCCCUGCAGCUGGUCUACCGGCGGCACUGCGAGGCAACUUUAGAUGUCGUGAUGAACCUCCAGUUCCACUACAUUGAGAAGCUGUGGCUUUCCUUCUGGAAUUCUAAAGCCUUCUCCAGCGAUGGCCCUGCCUCUCUACCAGCCAGCGACGAGAACCCCGAAGCCACCAUCCUCCCAAAGGACAAGCUGGUGUCUCUGUGUAAAUGCGACCCCAUCCUCAAGUGGAUGAGGAGCUGCGACCACAUCCUCUACCAGGCCCUGGUGGAGGUCCUCAUCCCAGAUGUGCUGCGGCCAGUGCCCAGCACCCUGACACAGGCCAUCCGCAACUUUGCCAAGAGCUUGGAAGGCUGGCUGACGAACGCCAUGAGCGACUUCCCACAGCAGGUCAUCCAGACCAAGGUGGGCGUGGUCAGCGCCUUCGCCCAGACCCUGCGGAGGUACACGUCCCUCAACCACCUGGCACAGGCGGCCCGGGCAGUGCUUCAGAAUGCUUCCCAGAUCAACCAAAUGCUCAGCGACCUCAACCGUGUGGACUUCGCCAACGUGCAGGAGCAGGCCUCGUGGGUGUGCCAGUGCGAGGAGAGCGUCGUGCAGCAGCUAGAACAGGACUUCAAGCUGACCCUGCAGCAGCAGAGCUCCCUGGACCAGUGGGCCCGCUGGCUCGACAACGUGGUCACCCAGGUCCUGAAGCAGCACGCGGGCAGCCCCAGCUUCCCCAAGGCCGCCCGGCAGUUCCUGCUGAAGUGGUCUUUUUAUAGCUCCAUGGUGAUCCGAGACCUCACCCUGCGCAGCGCCGCCAGCUUCGGUUCCUUCCACCUGAUCCGCCUGCUGUAUGAUGAGUACAUGUUCUACCUGGUGGAGCACCGCGUCGCCGAGGCAACUGGAGAGACGCCCAUUGCUGUGAUGGGAGAGUUCAACGACCUCGCCUCCCUGUCACUGACACUGCUGGACAAAGAUGACAUCAGCGAAGACCGGGGCAGUGAGGUGGAUGUGGACGCCCGCAGCCUGGGUGAGCCCCUGGUGAAGCGUGAGCGCAGUGACCCAAACCACUCCCUGCAGGGCAUCUAGGGAGUGGGCCCUUCCCCAGGCCCCGCCCAUCCUCCUGAGGCUCCACCGCAGUCAUGCCUCAUGAAGUGACCUUGCCUCUGACUCCCGGAGUCGCACCACAUGAAGUGACCUUGCCUCUGACUCCCGGAGUCCUGGGCCCAGUACGCCCUGAAAGGUCACGCUGUUCCUCCCGAAGAAAAACAGUUGCUCACCGCGCCGCAGGCCACUGCCUGGUUCCGAGUGCCGGGAUGUCUUUUUCUCCUGACUGUCCUCGUUCUCCCGUCUGCUGCAUUGUGACCUUCCUUCGUGUUCACACAUCUCACCGACAGCUGGAAGGGCCGUGCAGGGUGGGUGGGCACUUGGUCACUGGGCUUCUCCAUUCAGCUCGGUCCAGUUUUCACCGUGAUGUUUAAAACUCAGGCAGAUGCAGAAAAGGGUGUCCGCAGCUGUUGGGCAGUCCCACCUGGCCUCGUCCAUGGAGCCCUGAUGCCCCUGUUGUGGGAAGGGACACUCUGCGAUGCACCCCGUGGCCUCUGGGAGACUGGCCAUCCUGUUCUGCCCUAUGCUGAGGCAGGGAGGUCGUCUCACAGGGGCCCCAGCUCUAGAUGCCAAAGGUCCCCAGAUGGUGGGCAGCACACACCCACUGUGGCUCAUAAAACAAGUCACGGAAACUGGCCCACUCAUGUCUUUUAAGAGUCAACACCAGAAGUGUUAUCAGCAACGGGAAGGACUGUGGUCCUGUCCAAGGUCACAGCCAACAUGAAGCCAAACAGCUGGGUCUGGAACGUGUCUGUUCCAAGGGGGCCGGGGAGGGGCGGGGGAGGAUUAGCGUUUCAGCAGCGCCUUCAGAGGGCAGCCAUCCACUAAGUCUGCACAAGCAGCCAUGCCUGCAGCCAGCUCCACAGAAUCUUCCAAAACGCCUGCCUUGCAAUUGGCGAUCCUGAGGCAGUGUAACCCCAGGCAGGUCCCAUCUUGAACUGCUAAAAGUCAAGACUCUUCUCUGGAGACAAACAGAUCCCAAGGACUGGCACAACCCUGAACUUUAAACUCCAGAUCUGUGUCCAUCGUAACACAUUGCACUUGGUUAGUUUAGCUCUGUGCAGGAGUUCUGCCCCCAAAGCAACUGCAAAGAAGAAAGACAAACCUCUGGUCUAGGAAGCGCCAUCUUAUGAAAUGCAGUAGUUUCUCUUUUUGGAAAUAUGUUUAUACCAAUAGUUUCGUGCUCUGAUUGUUAUUAGAACGUUUCUUAUGAAUGUGUAUAUCACAGUAUAUUCAGUCCCCAAUAUUUUUUCUCAUUCACACAGAAGGUACUGAUGUAAACUCACGUGGCCUUUAAAAGCCUUACUUCCCGUCAAGCAGGAGCGCUGUGCAUGUCUCGACCCUCGUCAGGUGUGCAGGGGCGGGUUGGAGGGAGGACCAGAAGGCGAUGCACUGAUUCUAGAAACCAAAAGUCUGUGAUGAUCACAGUGUCUGUCUGGCCUUAGAGCUCAAGACUUAGAUGAAAUCAGACAGAAAGAAUGUCUUUAAAUACCAUCUCCUCCGCUGGGAGGCAUUGAAGUUCAUGGAUUGUAAUGGCCUGCCUUUGCUUCCACAUAUGGUAACCAGUACCAGCUGGGUUCUGCCUUACGCUCUGUCUGGUCCUUUGCUGGAUUCCAUGAGGAGGAACUACAAAUGACAGUAAAGACAUGAGCCUUCCAA